GAGCGUCAGUUCAUCGUUGUCCGUCACGUCGAGCAGGUCUUGCCUUUGAAUCGCCCUUUCCGCGAAUCGACGGACGAAUCUUCGUUUCGAGCCGAUCGACCAAUCAAACGACCUCUCUGUCUGGUUCCGAACAUUUGUAUACACCGAAGAAAGAAUGAUCGUUCGUUCGAUCCUUUUGUUGGUAGUGGCGAUCUCAUUGACGUUUGCCGAUGACACCUCGUCGGACAAUGCUCCUUCCGCCAAACGUGCAUCUAUGGGCUUCCAAGGAAUGCGCGGAAAAAAGGACUUUGCUUCCUCGGAACACGGGCAACCAUCUAAACGGGCUCCCAUGGGCUUCCAGGGUAUGCGUGGAAAGAAAGAUUCGAUAACAGCCGACGUCGAAAACGAACUUUUUCCUGAGGAGACUAACAAGCGAGCCCGAAUGGGAUUCCAAGGUAUGAGAGGUAAAAAAGACCAGCUGAUACCUGAUUUCGAGGAUACCUAUCUUCCCGACGACGUGUACGAGAAAAGGGCACCGCUGGGCUUCCAGAGCACGAGAGGGAAAAAGACUUUACCAUCGGAUGAAUACUACAAACGAGCCUCAAUGGGAUUUCAAGGGAUGAGAGGCAAAAAAUCUUUCGAAGAGAUUUUAGAUGAAAUCGAAAGGAGGGCCGCGCUGGCAGGUUUGCAAGACCCAAACAGCAAGGAGACGUACUUGCUCGACUAUCCGGAAGACUACGAGAAAAGGAUACUAGCAAUGGGAUAUCAAGACGUGCGCGACAAGAAGGACGAAAUCCUAGGAGAAUGGGAGAAGAGGGCUCCGAUGGGGUUCCAAGGAAUGAGAGGCAAGAAAACGAUCUUCGACGCGAUAGAAGAACUUGAGAAACGUGCCGCUUUGGGCUUUCACGGUAUGCGAGGCAAGAAGGAUAUGUUCGACAAUUACGUAGAUUACUCGAUCGAUCCGUCCGAUUACGCGAAAAGGGGUACAGACUUUCAAGGUACGGACGGUGGCGAAUCGUUCAAAAGGGCUCGAAUGGGUUUCCACGCUAUGAGAGGUAAAAGGGACGCAUCGCAGAUUUACGGACCUAGUUCGAGUAUCGCCAGAUCGACGAUAAACUAUCAAGGGACGAACAAUCGAGGAAACGAAUUGGCCACCUACGAAAUCGAGAAACGAUCGCCGUUCAGAUAUUUCGGUGUCCGCGGUAAAAAGAAUCCGCGAUGGGAGUUUCGAGGCAAGUUUGUGGGGGUAAGAGGCAAAAAGUCGUUACCUUUGCAAGCUCGUGCCACCUUUUAACGCGUCUAAUUAACAUCGAAAGGAUGCGCAUGAAUGGAAAUUUGUUGACGUCAUUAGGUAAUUCGGUUUAUUCGAUGGUAUUUGUUCAGGCGUAAAUCUAAUCAACGGAAUAUAUAUGUUGUACAAAAUUCAUUGUGAAAUAUAGAAUAAAAUUUUUAGAUAUUCAGCGGUGGUAUCGCUGCUCUCGUUGGUAACAAUUGCAACGACAACAACUACCAUCGAUAACAACAAUAGCAGCAACAGCCAACUGUGUAAUUCUAGUCUCCUCGUUUAAACUGAUCCACUUAACUCGAAUAGAAAUGCGAAAACAGGGUGCAUCGAUUGUAUCGCGAGACUAUCGGCUAUCGUCGUUACAUUUCGAGCGUUCGAAAUUGUUGAAUACAAUAUUUUCUCGCUCUAAAAUUUCAUUCUCAUCUGUGUGCACACCCUAUAUACAUAUACGGUCGAUGAACUCGACAAAUGUGUCGUUCAUGAUGUUUAUUACGUUCUGGCAGGAAUAAGGAAUGAUCGAAGUGAACGAAUUAUUCGGUAAAAACUACAAAUUUGUUUAAUUUCGUUCGAUAUCGCGACCGCGCCAAGAAAACUUUCCCUUUUCGUUUAAAACUUUUAGUGUUGAACAGCAUACGAGAUGCAACCCACAGCAGACGAAUGAUGUGAGAAUAAAUGGAUAUAUUAAAUCGUGAUAGAUAGGAAUCAUAUUUUUCUCGGAAUGUUAAGACGUCGAUAUGUAUAUAAUAAACGUUCUCGAUGAAAUGACGAGUCGUAUUACUUGAUCGUCGCACUUUCGAACGAUCGCAAAGUCGUGUCGCGCAUGAUUUUCAAAGGUAUCGUGAUUCGAUAACGAAACUCGUACAAAUUUGCAUCAUGAACGCAAAAGAUCCUCUGAUAAAUAAAUACCGACGCGCUUCUAUACGGUAGUUGGCUUGUUAGAAAAUUACAGAAUAUGGGCAAGUUCGUUGUGCGAAUAUAUGUACAUUUAUAAAAAUAGAUGAAAAGAUCGACGACAUGAAAAUGUGCAUUUAGUUUUUGAUGCAAAAAAAAAAACAAACAAAUAGUAUCACCGUAACGACUGUACGGCAUCGAUGGUUAAGAACCCUAGACUUCGAAUAAAUUUGAAGUUUACCGAUAUGUUUGUCUCGUUUCCCCUUUUGAACAUUUUCCAAAGAAGACGAGACAAACACAUCGGCAAACUUCAGAUUUAUUCGAAUCACAGGGUUUUACCCAUCUCUAUACGGUCGAUGUGUCCGAAGCUUAGCAUUUUCGUUCUUAAACAUUCGACAUUUCGCGGUAUCGAUUCUCUUUUAUUCUUGUGUCACGAGAAUCACUAGAUGGCUUAUUGUAGAUAAUUUAUAAAAUCUGUAUAACCAUCGUCUUUUCGUACUGUCUCCAAUGGCGAUAUAUGUAUGUUCGUACAAAAUUUGUAUGUACGCGAUAUGUUGCCGGCGAACCAAAGAAUAGUAUAAAUAUUGCAUAAGUAACUCGAUAUCGUCGUUAAAUAUUAAGCACGCGACCGCCACGAUCGAUGCAGGAAUCAUUGGUAAUUGGCCUUGUUGCAUUAUUGCGAAUAAACGGAAUAAUGGACAAGGUAUGUGGGUAGGUGUGCGAACGUGUACGCAAAGUAACAAAUUUAUCGUGUAUACAUACAUCAUAUAUUGUUUGGUAGAUACAAUGUAUGUCUAUGUACCUACCGCUAAUCAAAUACAUAUCAAUAAAGUCAAUGCGUCGUCUUAAUGGAA